UUGGCUAAAAGUCUUGUCAAAACGUAGUGCCGUGGGAGUGUGUUCAGUUAAAAUGCUUCUGUAAAGUGAGCAGCCUGUCUAGAUUUCACUACCCUUUGAGGAAAGCAAAGUCUAGCUUCUGUAGUCCUUCCUCCUUCCUAGUUCUCUCAUUUCGGUAAAAGCAGUGCACUCCCUCCCCUCACUGUUUGUUUCUCUCCCACACUCCAGAUGACAGGCAUUCUUCUCUCUCUUCACUAACUCCACUUUAGGAUGUGACUCAUCUUUCCAUUCUAUCCCUGCUUCCCCUCUUGCCUCUAGAUUAAAAGACUGCAUUCUUCUUUCAUCUCUCUCUCUCUCUCUCUCUCUCUCUCUAAUUUGAGGAGCAGUGCAUCCCUUCUCUGCUCUGUCUCUCUCUGUCUAAUUUAGGGAAUGGUGCAUCCCUCUCUCUCUCUCUCCCGCUACUCUCUCUCUCUCUCUGUUAGGCUGAGCUGGCAUCGUUCCUGUUUGUUUUCAGCCAUUUUGGGCUGCAGACACUGAAAGAAACUGCUAAAUGGCUGCCUCUCUCCUCUGAGGCCGGAGAUCUCGUUCCUCCUGCAACUCUUCCACCGAGCAGAAAAAAAAAAUAUUUAUUUCAGUCAGUCAGCCUCUCAGUCAGUCAGUCAGUCAGGCGGUCGGUUAGUUCUCACUGUACUGUGCGUUCCUCUAUUAGGAUAACGACAGGAGUAUCUGAGAUGCUGCUUCAGCUAAAGCAAGGUUUCGGGGCAACAACAUGGUGUCCAUGGCAGAGGCCUUGGACUCUGGCCACCCCAGCGCCCUCCUCUCGCACCUGAACAACCAGCGCACGUGUGGCGGACUGUUCUGUGACAUCACACUCAUCGUGGGGGAAUCCAAGUUCAGGGCUCACCAGAACAUCCUGUCUGCCUGCAGCCUGUACUUCAAAGAGCUGUUCUCCUCCUCCUCCUCUCCUCUUCCUCCUCCUCGUCACGCCCCCCUCCACAGCGAGCGAGUUCUUGAGUUGCCGGAGCUGAAGCCGGAUAUUUUCGCGGACGUCUUGGAUUACGUAUACACCUCCAGGGUCUACCUCCGCGGUUUCAAGCGUACCAAGGAGCUUGCCAAAGCCGGGAAGAGGCUGGGGAUCCCAUUCCUGGAGAACAUAGCGGAGGAACAGGGAAGCAAAUCCAGCAAGAUAGGCAUCAAAGCAGCCGGCGAUACGACCACAACAGCUCAGCCCUCGGACCUCCCCUGCAACUUUACACCAAGGUUUCUCGGGGGAAACGAGCAGCAAGUGUCUUCAUACGCCGGGCCGGAGGACUCCGCAAGCGCACAGUGGAGGAUGGCGGCCUCAGCAUCAGUGCAGCAACUCAACCCCAGGGCUGGGCUUCAAUCUCCAUCUCCCGUGGACCUGACGGCCCCAGCCAGGAAGGACUCUGAGUCGCACCAAUCUUCUUCCCCCAUUGCUCAGUUCCAAAGUGUUUCACAUUUACUUCCCCCCCAGGGCACUGUACCGACUUUUCCCGCCACGGGCCUUCAGCCCUUGCCUCCAGAGACAACCACUCCCAGGACAGCGAGAGACACAGGCCGCAGCCCCGCAGCCGCAAGCUACGCUGAAAACUUCGAUUCCGAACGGUCUACCGCAGAAACGGCUAAGAUACUGUUCACUCUGCGCACAGCUGCAUUCAAAGGAAUGGGUAAUAACAGCGAAACGGCGGUCCGAAAAGCUGCCGAUGACGCCGCGUCCGAAGACGGAUUCACCACUGCAAAUUCAACAUCAGAAGGGCUGCUGCUGCUGCCGCCACCCGAGCAUCUCGGCCCAACCCGUCCUUCCGUAAAGGGGUUCCUCUGCAGGGUGUGUAAGCGGUCUUUCAGCUCGGCCUCUUCCCUGAGCACUCACCUGAAACUGCACAGGGCCGAGAGGGCGCUGUCCUGCAGGCACUGCGGCAGAGCGUUCAUCCACAACAAGAGGCUGCAGUCCCACGAGGCCGUCUGCAGAGAGGCGCCACAGAAGGGAUCACCGGCUCCACUGGCGGCGGGCAGACCCAAGAAGCUCCUCCAAAGCUGCGAGCAAGGGGAAGAAGGGGAGGAGGAAACUGGGGAAGAGAAGGAGGAAGAGGAGGAGGAGGAGGAGGAGAGGAAUCCUGAGCCAGAACCAUCAGGUGCCAAGUCUUCCACCAACAAGAAGGGACGUGGUAUUCCGGUACGCCCCCGGGGCUUCCAGAGGAUGGACCUGCUUGCGGAGGAGGACCACUUUGUGAAAGUGGUGGACGGCCACAUUAUCUACUUCUGCACGGUCUGCGAACGCUCCUACAUGACUCUGUCAAGCCUCAAGCGACACUCCAACGUGCACUCCUGGCGCAGGAAGUACCCGUGCCGAUACUGCGAGAAGGUGUUCGCCCUGGCGGAGUACCGGACCAAGCACGAGGUGUGGCACACUGGGGAGAGGCGCUACCAGUGCAUCUUCUGCUGGGAGGCCUUCGUCACUUACUACAACCUCAAGACACACCAGAAGUCUUCCCACGGCAUCAACCCUGGCCUGAUCAGCAGUGAGAAGACAGCCAACGGUGGCUACAAGCAGAAACUAAAUGCCCUCAAACUCUACCGCUUGUUGCCCAUGAGAUCCCAGAAAAGGGCUUACAAAACAUACAGCCAGGCCCUUUCUGAAAGCAUUCUGCCUUCUCUGACAGCGCCUUUGGACAAUGGCCUUCCUGAGUCUCCGGGUUCUGAGGGGUUAUGCUCUCUGGGUCUGCACCCGGGGGGUGCUGGGGAUUAUAUAUUUCCGGCACCGCUGGACCCUGCCACUUUGGAACAAGGGGAAAUAACAAACCCCACCGGUCCACACAACCAGUCUAGUCCUGCUAUGCAUGGGAUAAGGGAGGGGGAGACGGUCGAGGAAGCAGCAAAAAGCCUGCUGGAAAGCAGAACAGGUUUUCCAAGCGAAGAUGGUUCUGUCAACACGGUUAUUGCGUACGGUCACCCCAAGCCCUCUGUGAUCGUGCAUGGCACAGCUGUCUCCUCCGUUAUCGUGCACAGCAACCAGGUUGCAUCGACGUCCACGAACAACUGCAGCAGCAGCAGCAGCUAUCCGAGUCGUCGCCCCUCGUCCGAACCCUCAAAAGUCCCCCCACCCAUCAAGAAACAGGUCCUGAAGGAAUACAUCCAGUCCCAGAAAAGAGCUUCCAGUGAGGAAACAGAAGAAGGGAGGAGAAGCGUAGGGGAAGACAAAAGAUCACAGAAACCUUGCAAGAGCUCCGCCAACGGCAACAGCGUUACCUAUGUGGCCAAGCCGGCGUACGUGGGAGCGUCUUCAGAGACCAGAGGCGGCGCCCCCUUGUGCCAGAUCACUGUGCGCAUCGGGGAGGAAGCCAUCGUGAAGAGGAGCAUCUCUGAAACGGACCUGAUGAGGGACAAGGGUCCCCCUGCCAACAAGACCAAAAGAAUGGACCUUCAGCACAAGGAGACGAACCAGCACCAGUACCAGCACCAACACCACAACAAGGAGACGAACCAGCAUCAACACCAACACCAACACCUGCACCGCAACAAGGAGACAAACCAGCACCAACGCCAACACCUACAUCUGCACCGCAACAAGGAGACAAACCAGGACCAACGCCAACACCUACACCACAACAAGAAGGCUGAACCAGAGAAGAAUAAGAAGAAGAAGUGUAAAGCGAGCAGAUUGAGGGAAUACAAUUUCCGCAGGGAGGUGAGGGAGGAGGAGAGCGACCAGGACGCUGAGGACAACCUCUGGCGGCCUUACUACACCUAUAAGCCCAAGAGGAAGACCCUGCACGUUCAGAAAGUAAAAAAAUCCAGCUGGAGGCGGAAACUCCGAUACAAGCGCUCGCUGCGGCUGAUGAAGAGGGCGGAAAAGCUCUUGGGCCGAAGCUUAGACGAGGGCGGCGACUGCAAGUCAAGCGCCGGUCUUCAGGAUGAGCAAGGAGCGCCGGAAGAGGAGGAGGAGGAGGAGCAGGAGAAGUGCCAGAUCUGUGAAGAAACCUUCCCGGAUUUCCUCUCUCUGGAGAAACACGAGAGGAACCAUCGGACGGGCAAGGCCUUCGAAUGCCCCACCUGCGGCAGGCAAUUUUCCACUGUGAAAAAACUGGACAAGCACGAGCUGACCCACCUGAUGGAGUUCGUAUGCUUGCGGUGUCAGGAGUCCUUCAGGAACAGGGCGCUCAUGGAGGCGCAUCAGAAGACGCACCAGGCUGAAAGCGAGAACCGUUUCCCCCCGGAGCGGGCGUUCGUGACCGAAUCCAAAGAAACGGGCUACCCAGAGAAAAGUAACCUGCCCCGGCUAGGGAGAAGGCCGUCUGUCCGGCACACCUGCACCUCCUGUUCCAAAGUCUGCAAGACUGUAGCAGCACUGGGGAGGCACAUGAAAAGGCACGAGGCAGAGAGAGAAGAUUCAGCAGAGCCUGGACCUGAACUGUAUCCCACAGCAGCAGCAGAAGCAGAAGCAGAAGCAACAGACUUAGACCAUGAUUUAGAAGCAAACAGAGAUCAGGCUAAAUCUAUCCCUGUUAUUAAUUACACCACAUCAGCAGCAGACGAGACAAGCGAAGGCCUGGCCGACGUGAGCAGUUACGAGCCUCAAUAUGACAACCCGGGAAAAACUCAGAUUGAGUCUGACCAGGCAACGCUGACACAGCUGUCUGAAAUAUCUUCCAAUAAUGAACAAGUAGUCCUGGAAAAUCCUGGCUCAAGUCCACUGGGAAGCAAGAUUGUUCCCCCACCUGGGAGCCCGGAAGCUGCAGCUCCAGCCAGGGCUGAGGUUCCCAGUGGUUCGGUCCAGAGUGUUCUGGUUCUGAACAGCAGAGACAGUUUGGACUCUUGUCAGCAGCAGGAGGCUGUGACGUCUUACAGGGCCAUAAGAAGCCCGGUUGGACAGCCUCAGGGACCACUGCUGAUAACUGGGACCACAGAACACUGUGAGCCAGGGCUGCGUUCUCAGAGUUAUAACCGCCAAGAUGAGUGCACAGAUCACCAGUGCCAUACAGGCAGUGCUACACCAAGACUCAAUGGAACUGCAGAGGGAACAGUGAGAUCAGAUGAAGGAAACAAUGCUCAGAACAAUUACGAACAGGACACUGGCCCAUACAGUUAUCAAAGCACUCCGAUGAUGUCACACGCCGGAAGGGAGGACGAUGAUGGUCCCCAGAACCUGGUGAUGUCACACGCAGGACCCAGCCCCCCUCCUCCUCCUCCGGAGCAAGCCGCGAUGUCACGCACGAGAGAUGAGGCUUCUGAACGCGGCGAAAUGGAAUCGCACGGGCAGGAAGAGCUUCCUGUGCGGGGGAUGAUGUCGCACGCAGGAAUUGAGGCCCCUCUGUCUGCACAGGAACUGAUGAUGUCCCACCUAGCUAGAGAAGCUCUUCCUGCACCAGAUCUGAUGAGAACGCACAUGGGAAGGGCUGCGGCUCCACAAGAACUGAUGAUGUCACGUAACGGGAGGUCGGAGGGGCUGGCAAUGAUGAUGAUGAGGGCGCCUCAGAAAGAGGAAAAGCCCCCGGCUACAGAAUUCACUACGACUCAAACCACUGCAGGCACCGCUAACACUGCCACUGCUGUUGCACAUGGACGUCUCAUGCCACCGACCACCACUUCCAACAAGUGCCCCCAUAAAAGGAUCAAAUCGCCAAGCCUGGGUGCAAACACUCUGGCGCAAGAACUGCUGAAGCCUCACUUGGGGCCUAACGCGACCGUCCGGGACGUGGCGAGGAUGGCGCACGAAGGCCUGAUUCCGCAGAACCUGAUGAUGCCCCGCGGAACCGGAGACAGCGUGCGCGCCGAGAACCCGCUCGCUCCCCACCAGUCCGAAGAGCUUCAAGACUCUGCUCCGCAGGACCUCCGCAUGGCGACGACCUUUCCGGUUCAGGAGUUCCCUCUGCCUCUCCUGGCGCCCGCCGGCUGCCGAUCCAGCAAAAAACACCAGGAAAGCCCCCUGCUCUCCUACCCAGCCGCUGCCAUGCAGUUUGGCGACCUGGGCAAGAUGUCUAGCGGUGAUCUCGCAAAGCUGCCUUUUUACCCGGACCCCUACCAACUGCUCUAUGGGCCCCAGCUCCUGGCGUACCCUUACAACCUGGCGGCUCUGCCCAUGGCUUUGAACAUGGUGGUCCCCAAUGAAAAAGGGCAGCCUCUCCCAUUCCUGCCGACCCUCUUCAGCUACGUGAACCCCUGUACGGGGCUCGUGCAGGAGCCCCACCUGGUAGCUAAAUCGAGUAGGAGGGGCGACCACCGCGAUGCCGUGAAUCAGUAGGUGAUGAAGAAGAGGACGGUGGCGGCAGAACUGCGUGCCUUCCUCUUCCUGCCACUGCUGUUCCGCCGCGAGAGACGGCGAUCGGGAGUCCUGUCGGUCGACCCAGAGGGUGUUUGCGGUCUCUACCCAUUCACACCCGCCACCUCUCUCCGUUUACCUCUCUGCCCUUAUUUGUAGUAGUCUGUACAAGGUUUCUGCUCAUAUAAACUGUCCUUUUGAGGCACCUUAUAGUUAACUGGGAUUGUGUGUGCUUUUAGUUCAAUCUGCUUCUCAUAGUGAUUGCAAAAAUGAUUUCACGGCUGUUCAGUUUUUUUUUUUUGUUCUUUUUCCCCAGAGAAAGUGAAAGGACUGUAACCCAUUGUGUGUCCGACAUCUCUAUAGUGGGAGAGGUUCAUCUUCUGUAGGCAAAAGAAAAAGGGUGUAGUGGCAUCAAAAUCCUACCUAAAUCUCUCUUAGUAGCUUCACUCCAUUCAACUGUUUCACCAAGGAAAUUGAUGGUGGCCAAAUACAGGGUCCCAAUGAAACAAGGGUAAGAUGAAGCAGUCAGAUGUGUUUGUCGUAAUGGAUUGCUACAGAAAACUCAGGCAUUUGAAUGGCGCGUAGUCUACAUUAAGUGAAGAGAGACCGAUUGAUAAAGCACAGCUGCUCUUCCAAAAGCCUGCUGACAAAAGGUAUCAAAAGAUGGCGUCUGCUAAAAUGAUCAAUCAGUUUAAUAGAGAUGCUACCCAACAGAUUCCCAUUCAGAAACUGUUAGAUUUUCACUAGAUACCUUAUUUAUAUUAUUAACUGAUGUUGCACAUGUUUGGUUGUUUUUUUUUAAAAAAGAAAAAAAGAAAAUGGUUUACAGAAAUAAAUGCUGUUGGAAGGUUUGCAGACUGCACUAGUUCUAGACAGACUGGAAUGUGCCUAUUAGGUUUGGAAUGGUUCAUGACAGGCAUUAAGCCUUAAAAACCAAGGAGCCAAAAAAAAAAAAAUGCAUUCCAUAAAAACCGAUCUCCAAUAAUGAAAAAAAAAAAAUUAUAUUUUCACUCUAC